CCAGACUACACGGUUUACACGACGCGCAGCCUCCACCCAACCACCUUGUUGCAGAUUUGUACGCACAUAACCUAAAACAAUUCCCACGUGUAGCUUUCCUGGGUACGUGCGUACGACUCGUUGUAUCAGUUGGCAGCAGAUCGUCGAAAUGGCCACACCAGCAACCGCAGCAGCAGCAACUUCCGAGAUGACCGUGUCGUACCGUUUGGCCACCGAAGCGGACCGGGAGGCCCUUCGGGAAGCUUUACUGCGGUACUUUUACCCCGAGGAGGGCGUCAAUACCUGUUACAACGGCAGCCCGGAGGUCGCCCCGGACGAUGUCGAUUUCUACGUGAAUCUAAUCACCGAAGGCUGCACCACGCUGGCCAUCGAGGACGGAACGGGCCAGAUUGUGGGCUUCUGCGCCGGCGGGAUGCUGAACGGGGACGAGGCCCAGAACAUGGCCACGUUGGCGCAGACGACGGAGACGGAGAAGUUUGCGGACAUUUUGCGCUUCCUCGCGUUCAUGGCCAAGCAAGCGAACAUCGCGGAACGGUACGGCGUGAGCAACAUUUACUACAUGUACGGAGUGGGGGUUGACCAUCGGUACCGGCAGCGUUCCGUGGCCAGCGCCCUGAUGGAGCAGCAGUUUGAGCUGGCGCGGAAGUUGGGUGCGGCCGUGGCGUACGGGGACACCACCGGGGUCAAGUCGGCUGGGAUGUGCAAAAAGUUGGGCAUGGAGAUUGUGUUUUCGAUCGCGUACAACGACUACCGGGAUGAGAAGGGACGGCAAGUGUUUGUGAGCUCGGAUCCGGAUUUGAUGGUGCAAACGGUGGUGAAGCGGUUGUGAGCGUGGAACAUACGUGAACCGAUUGGUAUUACUAAUGCUGAAAGAAAAACGUGACAAUAAAACAUACGGUUUCCUAAGUAAGAUGAGCAAUAUUUGCGAUAAACAUUUAUUCUCUUCUUCCUCUCCAAAUUUCUUAUUGAAAAUCGAAGUACAAUACAAAUUUAUGUUAUUUCCAUUAUUAAAUAAAAACAAAUGAAAAGAUCAACCAUUUCAUGUUUGU